CCGGGGACUGGUCGCGAGGAGCUGCUGCAGCGCUUCAGGAUCGGAAAGCGAACCCGGAGCCAGUGGAACCUGCGGGGUAAAGGCGAGUCAGGAUGGAGCGGAUGAGCGAGGAGACCCUGCGGAUGAACCUGCUGAAGCGCGGCCUGGACGCCCCCGAGGAGCGGGACGAGGCUCUGCCCAAGCGGCUCAAGAUGGAGGGCCACGAGGCCAUGGAGCGCCUCAAGAUGCUGGCCCUGCUCAAGCGCAAGGACCUGGCUGGUUUGGAGGCGGGCGCCACCGGGGUCCCGGGGGAGGCCAAGGGCUCCCCGGGAGGGGGCCAGGGCCUGACGGGGCCUGUGUGCUACGAGGAGAAGAUGAACGGGAGCCUGCGCGGCGGGUCGGCCGCCCACGGGGGCGUGGGGAAGAGCGGGAAGGAGAACAUGGGGGACGAGCCCGUGGACAUGAGCGCCAGGCGGGGUGAUGUGGACAGAGAGCGCAACACCCCCUCUCCAGAUGUGAUAGUCCUGUCAGACAACGAGGCCUCCAGCCCCAGAGGGUCCUCACGUGCCGAGGAGAGGCUUAGAGCUGCCAGUGUGGAGAUGUUCAAGGGUAAGAGCGGCGAGGAGCGGCAGCAGAUGAUCAAGGCCCUGAGAGAGGAGCUGCGCCUGGAGGAGGCCCGGCUGGUGCUGCUGAAGAAGCUGCGGCAGAGCCAGAUGCAGAAGGAGAACCUGGUGCAGAAGGUGCCGGUGGUGCAGAACGCCGCCUCCUCUGUGCAGCCGCCCCCCAUUCACAGCUCCCAGGGGAUGAGCAAGCUGCCCAUGCGGCCCGGCCUCCACACCCCGGAGCCACAGAACCUCCGCACUGUACAGGGUCAUACGGUGAUCAGAUCAGCCGCCAAUGCCUCCCUCCCUCCAAUGAUGAUGUCUCAGCGGGUCAUCGCCCCCAAUCCCGCCCAACUGCAGGGCCAGAGGGUACCCUCCAAGCCUGGCAUGAUGCGAUCCACCACUGGAAACAUCAACAAUGCUGUCAGCUACCAGACGGCCUCCAACCAGCAGGUGUCAGCCCCCCAGCGAUCUGGAUCCUCUGCCAUCUACAUGAACCUAGCCCACAUGCAGGCAGCCGGGGCCAGCGGAGUUGGAGGGGUGGUAGGCGUGGGUGCCGUGAGUCCCUCACCCCUGCCCAGCCCAGGGGCGGGGUCCUUGUCAGACUCGGUCAGCAGCCAGGCGGCUGCCAAGCUGGCCCUGCGCAAACAGCUGGAGAAGACCCUCCUAGAGAUCCCACCGCCGAAACCGCCUGCACCUUUGCUGCACUUCCUGCCCUCAGCAGCCAACAGCGAGUUCAUCUACAUGGUGGGGCUGGAGGAGGUGGUGCAGAGCGUCAUCGACAGCCAGGGUAAACUACGUCCGCCACUGUCGCGCAUGGAGCCCUUCAUAUGUGCCCAGUGCAGGACGGACUUCACCCCGCAUUGGAAGCAGGAGAAGGGCGGGCGCAUCCUUUGCGAGCUGUGCAUGACGUCCAAUCAGAAGAAGGCCUUAAAAGCGGAGCACACCAACCGGCUGAAGAACGCCUUUGUUAAGGCCCUACAGCAGGAACAGGAGAUUGAACAGAGGCUCCAGCAGCAGGCUGCCCUGUCCCCUAGCUCUGCCCAGACUGUCCCCAGCGUCAGCAAGGCUGAGACCAUGAUCCGGCACCACGCGCUCAGACAGACCUCCCAGCCACAGGCCUCCCAAUCACAGGCCUCUCUCCAGCGGGGCCUCACCAGCUCUGCCCGGGGGGUGCUGUCCAACUUUGCCCAGGCCUCCCAGCUGUCGGUGGCCAGCGGCCUCCUGGGCAUGGCGGGCAAGCAGCGCUGUGGAGGCGGCGGCAGCCGGGCGCAGCACGAGAGCAGACGCCAGCUCUACAACAUCCCUGGGGUGAACAUUGCUUACCUGAACCCAGGAAGUGUUGGGGGGCACAAAGCAUCCAGCCUGGCCGACCGACAGAGGGAGUACCUGCUGGACAUGAUCCCCCCUCGAUCCAUAUCGCAGUCCAUUACUGGACAAAAAUAGGCCCCCCCCUUCUCCCCACACACACACUGCAACGCACCCCCACCCCCCGCCCCAACCC